GGAGCUCCUCCUGCUCGGGCUCUUCCUGACCCUGCUUCACUUCCUUCUCCUGAGGACUGUGUCCCUGUCUGCUGUGACCACUGUGUGUCUUCUGGGCUUUGCCUGCUGGACGUUGGGACGUAGGACAGAGCCUUGGGAGGAGAAGGAGCCAGCUACAAAGUCAUUCCACAUUCCCUGGGACCCUGCAGAAUUGCCACCCACCUCACUCCCUGACCAUCCAGACCACACCUGCUCAGUGUAGCUGAGAGAUGCUGUCAGACACCAUCCUGGGAUCAAGCCAGUGAGACAGAGCCCAGGGAAAUGUUUUCCAGCCAGAAUGUGUCCUGCCCUGAAUUGUCUUAAUUACGUGUCAGUUUACUGCUUGUCAGGGGCUUCCUCCUCUUGGCGCUUUAUAUUCGAGCACUGACUCACUCUUUUCACGGGAGCAGAGCACAGCAGCUCCUGGUGACCUGACCAAGCAGCAGAUGCUCAGUGCUGCUGCAUGCUGGAGGAGGACUGCGGUGGGAGGACUCCAGGCCGUCAUUGGCAUCACCUCAGAACAAGGCAGCAACCUCUCCAGCUGCUAGUGAGGAUUUGCUAGUCCUUAUGCCAGAGAAGAACCAACCCCAGGGGCAGGUCUGUGUGGCUGAUGUCGUCUUCCUCCCGGGCACCUCCUCUACUGGCCUUAAGAGCAGAUGUCAACAAUUCCUGAAGCAAAGGGACUGAGCUGAGGAAGAGUGGAGAGGCAAUGGCAGCAUCUCAUCGCGCAGGGGAAAGGUUCCACCCACGAUGAGCCGAGUGAGCAGGACCCACCAGCUCUGCCCACUGCUAUGAACAUCAGCCAAGGCACAGCAGCUGCAGGGAACGUCCAAAGGGCUCCUCCUACAGAUGUUCUGAGCGCGGCUGCAGCCCAGCAACUUCUUCCUGCACCCAGGUCUUGAAAGCUACAGCUCAGGUGCUUCUGGAUCGGUCUUGUCGCCGACCUGCUGGCCCUACUAUGAAGUCUCCUUGGCUUGCACUGAUCCUGGCUGUGCUCGGUGCUGAGCUGCUCACCAGUCACUGCUCCACCAUCAGGUCGACAAGGUUUAGAGGACGUGUGCAGCAGGAGAGAAAAAACAUCAGACCAAACAUCAUCCUGGUGCUGACGGACGACCAGGACGUGGAGCUGGGGUCCCUGCAGGUGAUGAACAAAACCAGGCGGAUCAUGGAGCGCGGCGGAGCCUCCUUCGUCAACGCCUUCGUCACCACACCCAUGUGCUGCCCCUCGCGCUCCUCCAUGCUGACUGGCAAGUACGUGCACAACCACAACACCUACACCAACAACGAGAACUGCUCCUCCCCGUCCUGGCAGGCCUCCCACGAGCCGCGCACCUUCGCCGUCUACCUCAACAACACUGGCUACAGGACAGCUUUCUUUGGGAAGUACCUCAACGAGUACAACGGCAGCUACAUCCCCCCCGGCUGGCGCGAGUGGCUGGGGCUGGUGAAGAACUCUCGCUUCUACAACUACACCGUCUCCCGCAACGGGCACAAGGAGAAGCACGGCUUCGACUACGCCAAGGACUACUUCACAGACCUCAUCACUAAUGAGAGCAUUAGUUACUUCAGGAUGUCUAAGAGGAUAUACCCCCACAGACCCAUCAUGAUGGUUAUCAGCCACGCCGCGCCCCACGGCCCCGAGGACUCAGCCCCCCAGUUCUCCCAGCUCUACCCCAACGCUUCCCAGCACAUCACUCCCAGCUAUAACUAUGCCCCCAACAUGGACAAGCACUGGAUCAUGCAGUACACGGGGCCCAUGCUGCCCAUCCACAUGGAGUUCACAAACGUCCUGCAGCGCAAACGGCUCCAGACCCUGAUGUCCGUGGAUGACUCCAUGGAAAGGUUACACCAAAUGCUUGCAGAGAUGGGAGAGCUGGAGAACACCUACAUCAUCUACACUGCUGACCAUGGCUACCACAUCGGGCAGUUCGGGCUGGUCAAGGGCAAGUCCAUGCCCUACGACUUCGAUAUUCGAGUGCCCUUCUUCAUCCGUGGCCCCAGCGUAGAGCCAGGAUCAGUAGUGCCUCAGAUAGUUCUGAACAUCGACCUGGCUCCCACCAUCCUGGACAUCGCAGGGCUCGACACGCCUCCGGAUAUGGAUGGCAAAUCCGUCCUGAAGCUUCUGGACUUGGAGAGACCAGGAAACAGGUUCCGGCCCAGCAAGAGGAGCAAGGCUUGGCGUGACACCUUCCUGGUGGAGAGAGGCAAAUUUCUCCGCAAGAAGGAGGAGCCCAGCAAAGGCACUCAGCACUCCAACCAGCUGCCCAAAUACGAGAGGGUGAAGGAGCUGUGCCAGCAAGCCAGGUACCAGACAGCCUGCGAGCAGCCAGGACAGAAGUGGCAGUGCACAGAGGAUGCUACUGGCAAGCUUCGAAUUCAUAAGUGCAAGGUGCCAGGGGACAUCCUGGCCAUCAGGAAGAGGACCCGCAGCAUCCACUCGCGGGGGUACAGCGGCAAGGACAAGGACUGCAGCUGUGGGGACAGCGACUACCGCAGCAGCAGGGCCCAGAGGAAGAGCCAAAGGCAGUUCCUGAGGAGCCCCAGCGCUCAGAGGUACAAGCCUCGCUUCGUGCACACCCGCCAGACCCGCUCCCUCUCCGUGGAGUUCCAAGGGGAAAUCUACGACAUCAGCCUGGAGGAGGAGGAGCUGCAGGUGCUGAGGACCAGGAGCAUCAGCAAGCGCCACCAGGCUGACAGGGGAGGAGCAGAGGCAGCCGGCGGUGCUGCGGGCGACAGCAUGGUGGCAGAUGGCACCGAGGCCGCAGGUCACCCCAGCUCCGUCCGUGUGACGCACAAGUGUUUUAUCCUUCCCAACGACACCAUCCACUGUGAGAGGGAGCUGUACCAGUCUGCCAGAGCCUGGAAGGACCACAAGGCCUACAUUGACAAGGAGAUUGAAGCUCUCCAAGACAAAAUUAAGAACCUGAGGGAGGUUAGAGGACACCUCAAAAGAAGAAAACCAGACGAGUGUGACUGCAGCAAACAGAGCUACUACAAGGAGAAAGGGGUAAAGGCCCAAGAGAAGCUCAAGAACCAUCUUCAUCCCUUCAAGGAAGCAGCACAGGAGGUGGAUGGCAAAGUGCAGCUGUUCAAGGAGAACCGCAGGAGGAAGAAGGAGAGGAAGGGGAAGAAGCGGCAGAAGAAGGGCGAUGAGUGCAGCCUGCCCGGGCUGACCUGCUUCACCCACGACAACAACCACUGGCAGACAGCCCCCUUCUGGAACCUGGGCUCCUUCUGUGCCUGCACCAGCUCCAACAACAACACUUACUGGUGCCUGAGGACAGUCAAUGACACUCACAACUUCCUCUUCUGCGAGUUUGCCACUGGCUUCUUGGAGUAUUUUGAUAUGAACACUGAUCCCUACCAGCUGACCAACACAGUGCACACGGUGGAGAGGGGCAUCCUGAACCAGCUGCAUGUGCAGCUGAUGGAGUUGAGGAGCUGCCAGGGUUACAAGCAGUGCAAUCCCAGGCCCAAGGGAGUGGAAACAGAGGACAGUUAUGGGAUGGAUGGGAAGGUUAAGCUGCCCAGUGGCACUGGCGACAGGGACUGGCAUGGCCUGGGAGCAUUGUACAGUGUGCCCGGGAGCACCCCCAGGCACAGGCACAGCUCCAGCCCCAGCCUGGCUGCCUGGACUCAUGACCUGAAGGAUGUAGAUAGGAUGUUUGCACUGCUGUACAGCGACGACCAGCGAAGCACUGCAGGCCAGGCCUCCUCUUGGGAGAUGACUUCUGCUGAGGGCCCAAGUGGGCAGCCCACGGGAGAGCCCAGCCCUGGUGUGCCAGUUGGCCCUGCAGGCAUCGCCUUCAGCAGGGAGAACUCGAGCCAUGGGAGGAAACUGGAACUGCACAACGAUAUUGCUGAGAACCAUGGCAUGGGUGCCACACUCUGGAGGGACAGUGCCCACACUGAGACACAGGCAGGGACCCCGGGCUUGGAGCACUUCCUGAUGGACUUCAGCGGCAAUGGGCUGGUGGAGCUGGAGUCCUGGCACAGCUCCAUGCUGCAGCCUGUCAGUGCUCCUCAGAGGGACACUCCUCAGGACAGUGACACCAGGGCGGAUAUAUUUGAAGACCAAAUGUAUCUGCCUGUGAGAUCUGAUGAACUCCUCAUUCACCAGGCUGUGAACACUUCCAUCAGGGACUCAUCCCUCGGCACCCAGAAAACAGGAACCUUCUUGGCAGAAAGGGAGCAGAGCCCUGCAGGGGAAGCUUCCCAGAUCCCACCUGCAGAAGGCAGCGCCUCAGCUCCACUCUCCUUGGACUAGCUCAAGCUCCAAACCCACACCUUCUCCUUUUGCUUACUGGCAUACGAAGGUCCCGCUGCCAGCUGCCAGCCCAUGCUCACUGCAGACACGGUUUGAGCCCAACUCAAGGUUCGUCUGUGUGCAGCUGUUCUGUUCGCACACAUGGACACCCUCUCUGCUGGGCAGCAAUACUCCAGGCAGUGGUGUACUGGGGCAGUAACUUCCACAUGCAGCAGCAGAGGCUCCAAAAAGCUCUGCUACCUUGAAGAGAAUGGCCAAACAAUCCCAGCACCAGUGAACCUCUGACUCCACCCAAUCCAGCUGCAGAAUAUCUUUUCAUAACUAAUUUUAGCCACUGGACAUCCCUAAUGGCACACACUUUCUGUGCCCAGAUACUGCACCCCCGGGGGCUUGCACACCUUCUGGCUUCUGAGCUUGCUCCUGGGCUCCUGCCACUGUGAAACCAGCACAGAGACUGGAUAGAGUUCAUCAUCCUGGAGCAUGGAAGUGGACACUGUGGGCAGUGAGUGAAACCAGCAUGGUUUGGGUGCUUCGAUUCCAUUGCCUCUCGGAAGGGUGUGGCAAAGACCCACCUGCUGUAUGAGCCGCUGAAACUGGAUCCCUUCCCUGCAACUGAUGUCUUCUGUGGCAAGAAUCCGGGCGGGAGGGCUGGGGCGUUGAUUACUUUGUUUGCUGCUGCAGGUAGAGAUGUUCCAAUCAGCAGUAGAUUUGUCACCAUAGUUGGGCUUCAUCAUCCUGAGCCACACCUCCAGAGCACCAUUACCGUCCUGAGAGUGAGACCCUCUCAGGACAGGCAUUCAAGGGGGUGACCAAAUCCUGCCAGCUUUACCUUAACUACAAAGGGCACUUGAGGAAAAAAACCAGAUCCUUUUUGUCGGUGUAGCCAAAAUGCUCUCCUGAAUUUGCCCAACCGUUACAUGUUACAAGGUGUGAUACAGAUGCCUUGGGAAAUCUGCAUUGCUCAACCCCUCCCGAGCUGCUUUACGCCUCCAAACAGGGAGCGCAGCAGCACACCCCCCACAGGCAGCUGCAGCUCCAGUGUCCCACUGCCGGGGGAUUCCUGCCUGCACAGGUCACUCAGUGCAGCAGUUUUGGCUCCACAGGCACCGCAAGCUCCACUUCCAGCCGUGGGGGUUGUGGUUUAAGGUUUUUAUAAAGGAGAUUCUUGUAGCAGGAGUCUGAUGGUUGGAAGCAGCAGCUCUGUGGUGGACUCCACAUGUGCUGCAAUUCCUGGCUCCAGGCUGCGUGCCAGGGGCUGACUGACAGACAAACCUAUUACGGGGUGAGUGCACACUGUGCACAGGGGUUGCAGUCACUAGGACACAAACUGUUUUUAAACCUUGUACAAUAUUUCUGUGAUACUUUUAUAGAACGACUCUGGCUUCAGGAAAGUCUAGAGGCAAUAUUUCUUGAAAUAAAAAGUGUUUUACUCUA